UGCUAUUCUACCCUUAUUAUGCCGUUCUCAAGUUCGGCUUCCCUCCAAUCCUUCGCGCCACAAAAUGACGGAGCACACCAGCAAAUUCCGAUCGAAGAUGCGGCUGCGGCCUCACCGCCGAUGACGGACGCCGCUGCGGUCGGCGUGGACACGGCGGACGACGUCGACGGUCGGAGGCUCAGGCGGAAGAUCUCCAACCGGGAGUCGGCGCGCCGGUCGCGCGCGCGCAAGCAGCGCCGCCUCGACGACCUCCGCGCCCUCGCGGCAAGCCUGCGGGGCGGCCGCCGCGAGCUCGCGGCGCGUGUGCACGCCGCGCGGAGCCGCGUCGCCAUCGUCCUCCACGCCAACGACGAGCUCCGGGCCGAGGCCGCCGCCCUGAGCCGCCGCCUCGAGGUGGCGGCUCAUGGCGCGCUCGCCCUCAACCAGCUGUACGCCGCGGCCGCCGGGCUUGGUGUCGGGACGUUCGAGCAGGCCGCUGCCUCGCUGAUCGUGUGGAGCUGAUGGGCGCCGUUCGUGCAUGCAUCAUGCACGUACGCGCCGUCUAACGUACUUUCUCUGGUUGGGGUUGACCUUGGGUUAGCUAGCUAGCUUCAUCAGUCCUGAAGUGAGUGUCAAAGGAAAAAGCUUCAGUCCUGAAGUCUUGUGACUGGGUAGAUAUAUCAGUCACCAAGUAAAAGAACGGGACAUAAUGGCAUGAUUAAUUCGUGACCGAUCCGAUGAAGGCAUGCACUAAAAAAAUGUUGGAAUAUAAUGUU